AUGACAUACAUCUGUGCUGAUGAAACGCAUGAGCAUUCCAGCAUCAUUUCAAGCUCUCAGAAUAAUCAGCUGCACAUAAAACAUGACUUAAAGGAGAUGCCAUUCAGCAGCAUGCAUCCAUUAAAGAGCAUAGAGUCCCAAGCUAUAAGACAGAACUUCAAUCCUCUAGAGCCCUACCAUGCAGGUAGCACAACUUAUCUAAGCAAUGCACAGAACAGGCUUUAUCGGAGCCUGGAGAAUCUCCAGAAUCUGCCAUGGGCCGCGCUUUCUGAUUCAAGUGUUUGCACUCAUUACAGAAAUGUAGAAAGUGAUAUUUUUGCACAAUACAGGAGCACCAGACACCUGUCAGAAGGCUCUGCGGGUACAAUUUCAGUCCAGCGCAUGGUGGACACAAAUGGAUCUGCUUUAGAGAGCAUGACAAUACAUAGAGACCUGCCUAUACCUCCAUUUGCCAAAGUUCAACAUUGGCUGUUUCCCUCCUCAGAUGACAAAGUCCUUCAUGGAGACGCCAAGCGAGAACUCAAGGAGAAACUCAGAAUUCAUAGCUCUAAGGUAGUUGAACCAAACAAACCUGUGCGUCCACAAAAUUUCUUAACUGACUGUGCAGAAAAGGGCAAUAGCUCAUGCCAACAAUGCAAUAAUAGUACAAACUGCAGUGUGGCUCACAUAGAACAUUUAGCACCUCCUCUGAGCACAAAUCCAGUAACACGGCAAUGCACAAGUAUUUUACACAACAGGACCAGUCCUGAGCACAUUAAACAGGAAGCCAUGAGACGGUUGCAACUCAGAAGGCAAAAUAGUUUUCCAAACUUAAUGUUACAUAGUGGUGAUAAGGAGCUCAAGGGCAUGGUAAAAUCAAAGACUGCUGAAUCUUUUAAAGAGCAUAAGUCAUAUGCAGAUAGACCAUGGCUGGGAGAUCCAACAAGGAGACAGUGCAGUAAGGGAAAAUUGUACAUACCUACAUUCGAAGAAUUUAAAAAAAUGCGCAGCAAGGAGAAAAAGGACGACUUGUCUAAUAGCAAUGUGUCUUUGGAAAGUGCUGAAUACACUUCUAAAAUGUUGCCACAUGUAGAACAGGACACAAAUACAAGUGAAGUUAAGAACCAUAGACUGAGCAAUAAAACAAGCUUGUUAGUGCAAGAGAAUAAUGAUAUGCCCCAUAUGGAUGGACACUUGGCGGAUCAUAUCAAACAAUGCUUGAAUGACAGUGUAAAGAGUACCCAAAGUCCCUUCAUUGCACAGCAUAGUUCAUUAGAAAGCAGAAGUCAUCCUCACUCAUUGUGCAAUACAUCCUCAGCACCCAUUUGUUCCAGCCCAGUAUCGAGGUUCCCAUUGCAGCCAGUGACCAUGCACAGUGAGAGAGCAGAGCAUGUGGUGUGUGCACCCCAUUUGUCUAAGUUCCCCUACACUACUGAGCAGAAUCUAACUGCUGAAGCCCAUUCUUCUUGCUGUCCAUCUUUGCUUUUAGAAGCAACUGACCUGUGUGUCUAUGGUGCCAAGCUGCAAAAAAUGAAGGAUGGACUCAUAGGAUCCGCUUUGGAUCUCAUCAAGAAAAGUUGUAGUGUUGAAACUGCUGCUGAAGCUCCAGCUCCAGUCAAAGUAUCAUGUGACCUUCCGAAAACCGAUACCACAUCCCAAGAGGAAAGCAAUCAAUCCACUGCCGUCACCAUGACAACACAGAGCUGCAAGACCUUGUUAAGGGAAGAGAUACCCAAAGACUCCAAACAAAGUGACAGUAUCUGCAGUCCUGGCUGCCGGAUAUCCAGCUCCGACAUGACUCACGAAGCUGUGGACACAGGAAAGGCCCAGCGUGGGUGUCGAUUACGCCCCCACUUCAGUGACCCUAUGCCCACUGAUGCCGUGAAGAGAAAACAGCUAGAGCUGAAGAUAGCAGCAGCCGCCCGUCACCAUGCACAGAGGAGGAGGCAGGACAGGGAUAAUGCAGCAUCAACUUCCUCUGGUGGCUCUACCCCUCGGCAUGCUCAGAGAUCUCGGCAGCGCUGGAGCAAUAUCAGCAGCCUUAGCACUGACAGUGGCAUUGUUGGGGUGAAUGAUGACAGGGAAGAUUCUGAAGCCAGUGGGACAAGAGCUACAAAACCUGGGGAAGUGGAGAGGGUGGACAGUGGUAUAGGAGAUGCUCUUUCUAGGAAGUGGAGGACCAGAGUGGCAGAGGCUGCAGCCUCACUAGAGGCAUGGGAAGCCCAUCGACCUUGCACUGAUUGUGGGGAGAGAGACUUAGAUGUGGAUAUAGAAAGCAGAGGCAAGAGAAGAGAGACCUUGUGUACCAAAUGUGUCACUAGAAGGACAGAACGCAAGGAAGCUGUGCUGGAGUUUGUAAACACAGAGGCUAGUUAUGGGGAGGAUCUGAGGAUCAUCAAAGAGGAAUUCUACCUGCCCAUGCAGAACGCUGGGCUCCUGACACAGGAGCAGCUGCAGGUCGUGUUCAGUAACAUACAAGAACUUAUUGACCUCAACGAGAAGUUCCUUGAGGUUUUACAAGAGGAAAUUGACCAAUCAUUUGACCAGGGCGAUGAUGACUUGAUGACUGUUUGCAUUGGUGAAAUAUUCCUGGAGUUUGUGAACAUGCUGCCAGCCUUUCAGACGUACUGUCUGCAACAGUCAGCCUCUGUAGCCAUGCUCAAUGCACUUGAGAAGGAGAAGGAGCUGCUCAGGAUAUUUCUAGAUGUUUCUCAGAAUGAUAACACAGUCCUCCGUCGUAUGAACCUACGGUCCUUCUUGAUUGCUCCUUUACAGAGGGUCACCAAGUACCCCCUCUUGCUGAGCAGGAUCUUAAAGAGCACCACUGAGUUUAACCCAGACCAUAGCAGUUUGUGGGAAGCCAAGAGUCGCAUUGAAUCACACCUGGAGCACAUCAACAUGAAAACUAAACAGGAGGGGAAUCCUUGGACAUUACGCUCCUUCCGCAGGGAGAGCAAGAAGAACAGAGAACUUACUAAUAUUGACAUGAGAGAAAUGGCUAUUAAACAGGUGGGCUGGCCAAGAGAAGAGACUCGCUUUAUUAAGGAGGGACCACUGCAGUUAGCACAACCUGCAGAUGGACAAUGGGUCAAAAAGGGUUGCAAGGCACUAAAAUUCCAAAAUGUGCAGGUCCUACUGAUGGUGAAUGUAAGGAGAUGCUCCGAGUCCAGUCUAGAAGGCAGCUCUGCGGAAAACCAACCAGUAAAGGAUGCUGUUCUGGUUCUCAUUAAAGACAAAAGCAAUGGCAAAUUUGCAAUGCUCAGGGAACCCCUGAAACUCAGCCACUGUGUAGUGUCCACUGACCCUGACUGUGAUGAUACCUUUGAACUCUUAGAAAUCAGGCGUGAAGGGUUUGUGUUUAAAGAUGGAGACAUCUCCCAAACUCAGCACUGGUUUCGUCAAAUCAAAAGCUAUUCUUCAGAACUGGGUGCCUGGAAAAAGCGUCGCAAUGCUCUCCCCAAUAUCAUGAUAAGCACAACGCAAAGCAGAUCUUGAGCUUUACAGAUAUUAGGUGGAUAGUUUGUGAUCUUUAUAUUUGGCACAUAAAAAAAAACUGCACAACAACUUUAUUGGUAAAAUCCUUAAUCUGCACUUAGUUCAAAGUCACAUUGGUCCCAGGCUUAUGAAAUGUUGUGCAUAACUCUUAGUAAAUAUAUAUAAAUAAGUAGGAGGUGACCUGUAUUAAAUCCAUUGAGUGGCGAUAAAUCUAGCACUACCUAUUUCUCAGUGGUUUUGGUGCUAUCGUUACUUAAAGUAAAUCAAAAUUGGAGAAACAUAAUCUGAUAAAUGUCACUGAACUUCUGUGAAAAUCUUUAAAACAAUGUUAUGUCAUAACUCAGCAUACAAAUAAAAAAAGAAAAUGUUCUUAUUACAAUUUUUGUUCAGUUGAUUACUAAUAUUUUUGCCUUUUAUAAAUUAUAUUUAAAGUACAAAUUAA